GUGUCCUGUACACAGCCAUGGGAGCUCCUCUACUCCGGAUCCUUCUUCUCUGCUUCACCAUUCCUGGGAAUCUUGGGUCAGGUGGCGGGAGACCUCUGGUGGACACAAGUUAUGGGAAACUCAGAGGGACGACGCUAACGGUAAAAGAGGCGGAGAGAGCUGUGCACGCUUUCUAUGGAAUCCCCUUUGCCAAACCACCAGUAGGACCGCUACGAUUUGCAGCACCAGAACCACCCGAACCCUGGGGGAUGGUGAGAGAGGCCGCAGAGUACCCACCCAUGUGUCUCCAGCCGGUGGAACUGACCAAAAAAAUGGGGGAAUUCAUGGAAAUGGAGGUCACUUAUCCUCCAGUGUCUGAGGACUGUCUGUACCUGAAUGUCUUCACUCCAUCUGACCGAGGCAACAACGCCAAGCUACCUGUCAUGGUGUUCAUACACGGUGGUGGGCUGGUAAUGGAGGCCGCCAGUCUGUAUGACGGUUCCGCACUGAGCGCCAUUGAAAACGUGGUUUAUGUGGCAAUCCAGUAUAGACUGGGAAUUCUGGGAUUCCUCAGCACCGGAGACGGGCAGGCGGCCUCUGGAAAUUACGGAUACUUGGACCAGGUCGCGGCUCUGCGCUGGGUCCAGGAGAACAUUAAGGAUUUCGGAGGUGACCCCGCAUCUGUCACUAUAUUCGGGGAGUCGGCGGGGGGUGUCAGCGUCUCUGCACUGGUCCUGUCUCCGCUGGCCAGGGGCUUGUUCCAUCGCGCCAUCGCACAGAGCGGAGUGGCCAUAAUGCCGGGGCUGAUGGUCAGCUCGCCGGAGGAGCUCAUUUUUUACAGGGAUUUUGUAGCUAAUGUGUCGGGAUGUGAGCCGUCCUCUGUGGUGGACUGUCUACUUAAGAAGUCUGAGCAAGAGAUCUCCUCCAUCAUCUCCUCCUCGAAAUUCCUACCACUGCCGGCCUGUGUGGACGGAGUUUUCCUGCCGAAACCCGCGCAGGAGAUAUUAGCCGCCAAAGAAAACAUCAAAGUGCCAUUUAUGAUCGGCGUGAAUGAGCAGGAAUGUGGCUGGAUGAUCCCAAAGAGUUUGGACUUGGAGUUCAUGGACGGGCUGCCAAAGGAAUCCCUCCAAUCAGAGCUGAGCCGUUCCAUGUUCCUGGGAGCGGUCUCCGAGGUGGAUUACACGUUGCUGGAUGAGUACUUCGGGGACACGGACGACCCUCUGGAAAACCGGGAUCGCUUUUUAGAUCUGCAAGGCGACGUCAUGUUUGUCAUCCCGGCACUAAAGAUGGCGAAACACCACAGAGAUUCCGGAUCCCCCGUCUACUUCUAUGAAUUCCAGCGCCGUCCAUCCUUGUAUGGGGACAGUAGGCCGCGGUGGGUGAAGGCCGAUCACGGCGAUGAUCUGGUGUUUGCGUUCGGAGGUCCCUUCCUCAGAGGCGGCGCCUUCUAUAAAUCACACAAUUUCCCCGAAGAGGAGAAGCGGCUCAGCAGAACCAUCAUGAGAUACUGGGCCAACUUUGCUCGGACGGGUGACCCGAACGGACCCGGCCUGGUUUGGUGGCCUCAGUAUGACCAGGAUGAAGAUUAUCUGCAGAUUGACAUACAGCAGAAAGCGUCUCAUAGACUGAAACACAGAAAAUUCCACUUCUGGACCGACAUUCUACCCGAGAGGCUCAGGAAGGUGUCGCAGGAGGGGGGAGAGCACAACGAGCUGUAG